CAAAUGCUUAUUCGUGUGUUUUCGUCUUAUUGUCAUUUCAUCACAGCUGACAGCGAUUGCGGCUAUAAAUUCUUACUUAAAUAAAAGGGUGAAAAUUUCAAAUUUUAUUUGAUUUAUUUUGACUGCAACUUAUUUGGAAAAGAAACAUGUCCAAGCACGAUGCUUAUGGCACGCCUGCUAAGCCCGAUAACAAUUGUCGCACAUGUACCGAUUUUAAAUAUUGGUCAAAACAACAGCGGCAAAUAUUUCAUAAGGCGGAUACGCCAAAGGAGGAAACAACCGAAAGCAGUCCAGCCUCGCGAGAUGGCUGCCCAUUGGAUAAAGUGGCACUAGGUCGUGCAACUUGGGGCUUAUUACAUACAAUGGCGGCAUUUUAUGAAGAUAAUCCCUCUGAUAAUCAAAAGCGUGAUAUGAAAACAUUUCUAGAAGUGCUGUCACGUGUCUAUCCAUGUGAACAUUGUGCCAAAGAUUUUCGCAAAGACCUCAAAGAGCAUCCGGCGCAGGUGAAUUCACAAUAUGAAUUCUCACAAUGGCUGUGCAAAUUCCAUAACCGUGUCAAUGUAAAGCUGGGUAAAACACAAUUUGAUUGUUCUAAGGUUAAUGAGAGAUGGCGAGAUGGCUGGCUAGAUGGUUCCUGUGAUUGAAUUAAGUAUUAACCUUGUUUAUACAAAUAUUUGAUUUCAACUAACGAGGGUAUUGUUACAAAAUAAGCUCUUGUAAAGAGUAACAAGUGAAACAAUUAUUGUUGUUGUUGUAAUCGUUUCAUAACUGCUCUUAUGUAGAUUAUAAUCUACUUAGAUAAUAAUGGUAAACAUAUUGUAAAAUUAAAAUGUAAAGAUAUAAGCUGUAUAUAUCCUAAACGCAAAAAUGUCUACAUUAA